AGCUUUGGGGUCGCGCCGGAGGUGUCCCUCCCGUCGCAGGUCGGCCAACCUGCCGGUUGCCAUAUGGGCGAGGCUGAAACGCCAGAGGUCUUCCAGCUCAUUGCCGCCGGCCGCUUCGCAGAGCUUCGAGCCAAAUGCGAGGAGCUGGAGCUGUCCCCUCCAGAGCCCACGCCGGAUGCAGAGGCGAACCACGUUGAGCAGGAAGGCCUGCGUUGUGCCGUGCAUCUCCUGGCCUACCUCCUAGAAGGUCAGCUAGAUGCUGCCAGAUUUCUCUGGAAGAGGACUGCCGCGCCACUGCAACAGCAUGUGCAAGCGCAAGCUGCACAUAGAGUCUUGUCUGCCCGCUGGCGCAGGCAAUAUGCAGAAAGCUUUGCGCAACUCUCCGCUGGCCCCUGGGAUGCGCGACUGCAGCCGCUGGUCACGGAGGUUGUUAGAAGGAGCCGAGAAGAAUUGCUAGACAAGAUAGCCAUCGCUUACAAGGUGGUGUCAUUGUCGCACUUGGCCAGCGUACUUGGACUGGAUGCCGUCAGUGCCAAAGCGGCCUGCGAGACGAGAGGGUGGGCCCUUGACACUGACGGCCACGUGGCUCCUACAGCCUCGAAGUCCGGUGAGGACCUCAUCAAGAUGGGCGAGGCUCAGCUAGACAGGCUGUCGCAAUACAUGGCCCACCUGGAGCAGACUGGGUGCAAAAUCUGAGACAUUCGCCUCAUCCUGCUUUGCGCGCAGGAAAAAUGCAGAUGC